GCCAUGAUUGAUAAAGGUCGUGGCCAUGUGGUGACACUGAUAUCAGGGAACUCUCUCAGACCAGAGCCUAACAUGGUCCCCUUCUGUGCUGCACAAUAUGCUGUACGAGGUUUUAUUGAGGCUCUGGAAGCAGAAAUUAAACAGGACAUGCGAAUGACUGGCAUCAAAUUUACCACAAUUUACACUUGGAAUAUUAACACCAAAAGGAAUCUGGAGACACCUAGAUUUAGGUGGCAGCUAACCCUCUGACCAAACAUACUGAGCUACUGUGCUGGCAACCACUUGACCACCAUGAACCCCAACGUCUGGCAUCU